AGCUGUUGCAACAACAUUAUUAAGAAUCCGAAAUUUAAAUAAACAAAAAAAGAAAAUAGACGAGGUGAAAUGCAAUUAAGUGUGCAAUAAGUGAAGCUGGAACUGCUGCAGCUGCUUCGAUUCUGACCAGACAGGAACAAAGUGACACAGAGCAGAGCAGCGAGACAAGACACCGCGACACAAGACACAGACACAGGCAUUCCAAUGCACUUUCUCCAGAGCAAAACCCGUCGAGCGGCUUAUUUGACAUCCAUUCGGAUAUCAAUAGAAAAAUAGAGGCCACAGCCGCACAGCCAUAGCAGAGUAAGCAGUCGACAGACUACCAAACAAGCAAACACCGCACCUGUGCUGGAGCACACACAACCAUAGAAAUAGCAACAAAAAGUUGAUUGCCGUCUUUUGCCGUUUUAUUGGCGGCAGCGGCAGCGGCAGCAGCAGUGGCGGCAUUAGAGCCUCAGUCACAUCUUGGCCACUCUUGUGAUCGCUCGCUCGUUUAUUCCACUUCGUAUUCUACUUCUACUUCCACUCCCAAACGCAAAACUAAAAAAAGCAAAGCGCAAAAGAAUUCCAUAAUUUGCAUAUACCACACUCGCAUGCACAGAGAUCAUCAUAAUCGAGAGGGGUAGUGUUGUGGCGGGAGGAGGAGCAUGCUUGUCGAAUUAAGUCAUUAUUUGAGUGCCAGUGCCCAGACAACACACGGAAACAGACACAAAAUAGAAGGAUGCCUGCGAUUGGGGAGAAAGUGCGUCGACUGCUGGAAGCCAAAGAUUUGGGCGAUAUCACCACAGAGUUGUGCGACUUCUCGCUGAAAGAACAGAACGCCACAGCGGAGGCGCAGGGAGUGCAGCCAUCGUCGGCAUCCGACUUUGUGCCCAUACUCGGACAGACGGUCACCUACGUAGUGGCCUGUGUGCUGAUCAACGAGCACGACGAGCUGCUCAUGAUCGAAGAGGCCAAACAGAGUUGUGCUGGUAAGUGGUACCUCCCCGCAGGACGCAUGGAACGGGGCGAGUCUAUCACAGAAGCAGCGGCGAGGGAAGUGUUUGAGGAAACCGGACUGAAUGCGGAGCUAACGACACUUCUGGCUGUGGAGGUGGCUGGUGGCUCUUGGUUCCGAUUUGUUCUGACGGGACGCAUCACUGGCGGGCGCUUGAAGACACCCGCCGAUGCAGAUGCCGAGUCCAUACAGGCGCGAUGGGUGCUCAAUCCUCAGGAGGUGCCACUGCGGGCCAACGACAUCCUGAACAUUAUUGACAUUGGACGGGCCUACCACAAGGGCGUGAAGACGGGGGUGGCAGAUAUUUCCAGCGAGCCGCUGUGGCACGGUAGCAUCCUGCCCACGCGAUACCCCCACAGGCGGAAUUACCUGCGGGUGCUGGCGGUGGCACGGAAACGGGCCAGCAACUCGUUGAACAUUUUGAUCAGCGAGAAGAAUGCCCACCACUUCCCCACGGUGGAGCUGAAUCCGAGGCGCAGCCUCCACUCGACGCUGCGCAAAUUCAUGAUUGAGCUUUUUGGGGCCGAACUGCCGCAGCACAAGCCACACGGACUCUUGAGCGUGGAGCACUGUGCCUCCGAGGAGGAGAACACGGACGGGAUCUGCCUGAAUCUCCUGGUGGCCUUCCGACCGCCCAUCGAGCAGAUAUCGCUGAUUGGAAAAUGCAUUUGGCAGGAGCUGGCGGCACCCCUGGACGAAAGGCUUGGGCGCAUUGUGAGCAGUAAGCAGGCCUCGAUACCACUCAAUGUGGUGCGAUAGAAGGACCGUGCCUUAGUCUUUAGUUGUAGGUUAAGUCCCCCACAGUCCCCUAUCUAAUAUAUGUAUGGUGCAAGCAAUCUAUAAGCCACAAACUAGUUGCAAUUAAAGGAACACACAGAUCACAGA